AUGAAGCUCGCGGCCGGCGGCUGCCGAUCGAAGCGGCCGUGGCCGCUGUCGAUGUGGCCCAAGACGCCCACGUUCACGUUCACGUUCACUCGCUGCCCGGCCGUGGCGUUGUCCGCGCUGCCGGCGCUGCCCGGGAGAUCGCCUGGACCCACCCGCAAAGCGGCCCGUAGCAGCGCCGCCCGGGCUCACCCGUUCUGGCCCGGCCUCAGCCCCGCCCGCCCGCCCGCGGCCCCGAGCCGCUGGCUCCGCGCUCAGACCCUCCCAGCCCUGAGUCUGGACAUAAAACUUGCACUCAGUCUAAAGGCCUCACCCGAGGACCUAGAAGGCCACUUAAAUUACAGCUCACCAGCAGGGAUGGGCAACUUCUCAGUCAUCACAGAAUUCCUCCUCAUGGAGUUUUCCAGCAGGCGGGAGCUGCAGGUCUUACAUACUCUGCUGUUCCUGCUGAUUUACCUGGCUGCCCUGAUGGGAAAUCUUCUCACCAUUGCUGCAAUUAUUACUGAGCCACACCUUCACUGUCCCAUGUAUUUUUUCCUGAGCAACUUAUCGCUCCUGGAUAUCUGCACCAUCUCAGUCACGCUUCCUAAAUUCAUUGUGAAUUCCUUGUCUGGCACUCAGUCCCUGUCCCUCCUUGACUGCGCUGCUCAGAUCUUCUUCUUUCUUGUUUUUUCAGCAACAGAGUUUGCUUUGCUUGUGGCCAUGUCCUAUGACCGGUUCGUGGCCAUCUGCCACCCCCUACACUAUGGCAUCGUCAUGACGCCAGCACGUUGUGUCUGGGCAGCAGCUGGCUCUUGGCUCAGUGGACUUAUUUAUUCAGCUGUACACACUGGGAACCUGUUCCGCCUGCCCUUCUCAGGAUCCAAGGUGAUCCACCAGUUUUUCUGUGAUAUCCCUCAUGUCUUAAAAGUCUCAGCCUCUGAUGUGUUUCAUACUGAGUUUGAAUUAGUGUGUGCUCAGGAUUCCUCUAUGGAAGGACGGCACAAGGCCAUUUCAACCUGCUCCCCUCAAUUGGUGAUUCUCAUGUUGUUUCUCAUUUCUGUAAUGAUUGCAGUGCUCAAGGACACAUCAGACACCUCACCUAUUGAAAACCUUUUAAUUGCAAUGGCCUAUACAAUACUUCCUCCACUGAUGAACCCUAUCAUCUACAGCCUGAGGAACCAGAAGGUCACAGCUGCCAUGGGCAAGAUGAUCAAGAAGAUUUUUUCCUCCCAUCCUUGA